UUGCUCUGUGCACUUGUGCGCGUGCGCGUGGACCUGCCGCAGCAUCCCGUCGCACUGCACGGCGUCAUGACGCGCUCCAGCCGCCAGCUCUCCUCCACGCUGCAGGUGUGCACUCUCACAUUGCUCUGUGCACGUGUGCGCGUGCGCGUGGACCUGCCGCAGCAUCCCGUCGCACUGCACGGCGUCAUGACGCGCUCCAGCCGCCAGCUCUCCUCCACGCUGCAGGAAUUGGGCGUGACGCGUACAUCAUCGCGACAAUCUCGCAAUCCGCCUGGAGUGCCGCCCCCGUCAAACAGUCAAGCGGGAGUGGGAACUGCGGCAGCGGGAGCGGGCGGCGCGGGGGUGAGAGCGGAAGCGGAAGCUGGCGCGAGUGCGACAGAGACGGAAACGCAAAGCAAGCCGCCUCGCAGCUCUCGCCCAGUGCCGGCGGCGCGCCACGAGCCGCUGCUGCAGCCGUUGCAGCUGCAGUUUACCAUUAUGCUGCAGAGCCUGAGCAUAACGGCCGCACUGCUGCCAUCCUUACAAGCACAAUACAAGAUGGAGCAAGUGCACAGCACGGGCGUGACGGGCCUCAAGGCGCAUUUUACUGUUGACCUGCCGACGCACUCGCUCAGUUUCGCUACUAAAUUACAGGUAACGGAAGCCAACAUCCCGGCCGCGGCGUCGGUGGCGUUGCCGGCCGUGUCGUGUCGCGCGCGCGUGCUGGGCGCUGAGUGCGGCGAGAGCGACGAGAGCGGGGAGGGAGGCGAGCCUGGAGAGGGCAGGGAGGGCGGAGAGGGCGAGGAGGGAAAGGAGGCUCCGGGACGCAGGGAGUGUGCGGAGGAGGGCGUGGUUCUCCGCGCCGGCCGCUACCUGGCCGCCACCGCCGACAUCGGCCUCUUCGAGCACACGCUCUCCACCGACUUGCUCAACCACCUCGUCUUCGUGCAGAAAGUGUUCAUGAAGGAAGUAAACGAAGUAGUUCAAAAAGUUUACGGCGGGGAGAAACCAGUCCCCCUGUGGAACGAGGAGGAAGCCUCGUCCUCGGCUCUCAACCGAAUACUCUUCUCUCUGAUCAUCAGGAUAAAGCGCAUCCAGCUGACGGCGACGACGCCCAGCAACUCGGCGCUGCGGCUGGAGACGGGCGCGGUGGAGCUGGAGCUGUCCAACCGCGUGCAGAAUGUGCCGCACCACGAGCUGCGUCUUUUCGCCCGCGCGCAGGUGGACGUGAACUUGAGCCUCGGGCAGCUGAUACGAAACGCAAUGUUUGAAGAGGCGGAACCCGAAUUCCAGCAGUAUGCGUUCUUUAACACCAGAAUAUCGAUGCGCAACGCGUUCCAAGAGGAGUUGACGAGCGGGGAGGGAGUGGGCGCAGGCGACGAGGAAGAGAAGGAGGUGGUGCUGAUCACGCUGAAGCGGCCGCUGGUGUACGUGCAGCCCGUUGCCGUGGACAAGGCCAUCCUGGUCUGGCUCAACUACAAAAACGCCUACGAGUACUGGAACGAGAAGCGCCUCAGCCUUAACAAGGAAGUGCUCACUGCCACGCAGCAGGUCUUCGAAAAGGUCCAAUUGACGUCUCAAAUCACUACACCACAUCUGAGCACGUUAUUUCUACAACUGAACGUCGACGACAUAGGCAUUUGUCUUCCGCUGAAUCAACCACCAGUGGCAACUUGGGGUCGCGGAGUUUACGAGCCGGAAAGUCGCGGCGCCGUGGUAGUGACUCUAGAGAGCACUAGCAUUUCUGCGUGCAGUUCGGGUUCGCUCGUUAGUAAGGGUCGUUUCGUGGGGCUGUGCCUGCGCUUCGCGGAGGACUUCGAGGCGUCGCUGGACGACUGGAAGCCGGAGGCGGCGGAGACCACCAGCAACGUGUGCUGCGUGUCGGAGGGCACCUACGAGGUCUGCAGCCGCACCACCGCCGCCAAGCACCGCGAGAAUGCCAAGUGGUUCCUGAAUGUAUCGUGGCAGAUGGAGGGCGUCGACAUACACCUGGACGUGAACGUGGGCAAGCAGCUCUCCGCACUCGGCCAUACGCUCACCAUGAUCACAGGUUUUGAAGAGGAAGAUCCGUUCCAAAAAAUGGAUUCCUAUGAAAGUGAUCUCGACGACGAAGCGGACAACAGCAAGGGGUCUCAGGAGAGCAUCGUAUUCCGGCGCAAGUACACGGAGCAGCUGCCCGCGUUCGUGCUGGACCCGCGGCUGGACGCGCGCGCGCGCUGCAAGCUGGUGGAGCAGGAGAUGCGCGAGCAGGCGCGCAUCAUCUGCGACCUGCGCGCGCUCGGCGCCAGCCACGCCACCGUCGAGCACGAGCUGCGGCGCCUGCACGAGCUGGAGGCGCUCGUGUUCAAGGACUUCCGCCGCGACAUGAUCCAGAAGCUGCGUCGUCAGAGCGUGCGCGCGAGCUCGAUCACAAAGGGCAAGCUGGGGCUGGGCUCCAACCGCAGCCAAUCCUUCGUAGCACACCCGCCGCCGUCAGAACGCCGAGAUAUCGAUGGAGUGAUAGAAGCGAGCCUCGGCUCGUGCAUGACGGUGGGAAGCGUGGGUAGCGUGGGCAGCGUGGGGAGCGUAGGCACUGUGGGCAACGUUGGGGACUCUGGCGAGACACUGCUGUUGGGCGACGAGGACCGGCUGGCCGACAUCAUCGAGGCGGGCAGCUGGAGCUCCAUGGAGAGCGAGCCCCUCACUGGACCGUCGCGCACUAUGUCGCUGCGCGCUCGCAGCUCGGGGGGUGCGGGUGGUGCGGGUGGUGCGGGGGGUGCGGGGGGUGCGGGGGGUGCGGCGGGCGGUGCGGGCGUGCAGCGGCAGAGCUCGCUGCCCGCGCCCUCAGAGAAGAAACGCAGGAGCGAGCCGGCGUCCGGAACGUCGGCGGAAAAUCAAGGACAGACGGAUAGCAAGCAAAAUAAAGCGAAGACCACAGAGCCCAACAUCGAUUUCGAGCUGGACGUGAAGGUGCACAUCAACAGCGGCAAAUGUGUACUGCACACCAAGGAGUCUGGCAGAGAGGAUGACAUGAAGAUCGGGUCGCGCGUGCGCGUGGGCCGCUCGACGUCGGGCGGGCUAGCGGGCGCGGCGGGGGGUGCGGUGGGAGGCUCGGUGGGGGUCGCGGCAGGGGGUAGUACGGGUGUGGGUGCAGGUUGUGCGGGGGGCGCGGGGGGCAGCGAGGCGAACUCGCCGGGCGCGCGCCGCAAGCCGCGGCUGCCGCCCGCGCCGGACCUCACCGUGUUCCGCGUGCCCGGCCUGCAGCUCAAGGUGCACUACGAAUCCAAGACCCUGCCGGAAGACGCGGCGUCCCCGCAGCCGUUAUGCGCAAGUGCCCGCAAGGUGGGCACGAAGAAGGCGGCGCUCUUCGCCUGGAUCACGCUGCAGAGCAUUCCCGAGGAGACGAUCAUCAGUCCACACAUACUGGAGUUCCUCGAGCAAACCCUCGAGCCGAUACCGACCAAAGCGUCAUUCUCGGCACCCACACCAGAUGCGGAGAGUGCGUCCCGGUCGCGGUCUGCGGAGUACGCGUCGUACGGGCAGUAUGUGUACGCGUCGUUCCCCGUGGACGUGAUCGUGCACUUCCACACGCGGCCCUCCGCCUUCCGCUUCAGCUGCCUGCCCGCCUCGCGCGUCGAGUGCCUGCUGCAGCUGCCCAGCCUGCGCAUCGUGUUCAGCUCCAAGCGCGCGGGAGACGAAGAAAUGGCUGAACCCGCUGUAGCAAUGGGUGGCCUCAGCGUAACAGGCUGCCUGGCAGACUUCUCGGUGUACAUAUUCCAUCCGUACGGAGGCAAGAAGUCGAGUCUCAAGGAGGCGCAAUGGUCGCCGCUCGCCGACACAGAACGCAAAGACUCGCUCAGCGUCAAUGUCGAGUUCGUCAAGUUCCAUUUGUCCAGAUCCAGGAAACUCGACUUCCAGACCGAUCAGGACCAAUCCAAAGCUACUGUAAGAUUUUCAACGAUCGUGGACGUGGGUUCUGCGUGGUUCAAGUACGACAUGCGGCGGCUGAGCGAGAUCCUGGCGUUCCCGAAGGCGUGGUACCGUCGCAGCAUCGUGCGCCGCAUGUUCCUGGGCGACGUCAGCGUGCACCAAGACCGCCACGACCGCCACGAUCGCCACGACCGUCACGAACGCCACGACCGCCACGACAGGCACGACCGACAUGCACACGCCGGAGCUAGCAAUAAUGCGCCUGUUUCGCCGGUACUACCACAGAGAGAAAAAACGAAGGCCGUUGAACCACCAAAACCUAAAGAAAGCAAAACGUCGAGUUCGGCGUGGGAGACGCUGGUUUUGUUUGCGGUCAACUUCACGCGUCUCAAUGUACACAUGAACAUGGGCAACGUUAUGGGAAACGUCAGCUGGCAGAGCCGGUCGCUGGGCGCGUCGGGGCGGCUGAGCAUCGGCAGCACGCAGCGGCGCCACAUGGUGGUGCGCGUGGAGCUGGGCGGCUCGGCGCUGGACGCGCGCGGCGGCAUCGUCGGCGGCGCCAUCUCGCUCGCCGCACUGCGCGCGCACCUGCACGUGGAUGAGGAGCCGGGGCGCAACCCAGGGCACGUAUGCGGCGUGCAGCUGGCGGCGCUGGAGCUGCGGCUGGAGUACAUGGGCGCGGGCGUGCUGCUGGCGCGCGUGUCGCGGCUGCGUGCCGCACUGCGGGACGAGUGGCUCGCACGCACGCGCGCCCGCCCGCCGCGCGCACGACACAACGCGAGGCCAGCCAUCAUUCUCCUCCAUGGCACACUGAGUUGGCACCAGCUCCAGAUUCUGAUGAGCCGUAGCACAACACCUGAUCUACUCAAAAUGCAAUUGAAACUUGAGGAGUUCUUCACUCAGCAGUUCAAAUCCAGCAAACGAGUGUUUAGCUCCCUGCACCCUAAUUAUGCAGCCGCAAGAAAGGAUAAAAGGGAACCAAUUCCGAACCCGACAAGCGAGCAGCAGCAGCAGCAGCAGCAGCAGCAGGAGCUGCGCCACCACCGGCACUGGCAGCGCGUGCUGCGGCUGGUGUCCGGCAUGCAGCUGUCCACGCUGCCCGCGCCGCUGCCCGCCAACGGUACUGUUCUCGGAGGCACCAUGGAGCUGCAUGGCACGAAUAUAUCGCUCGGCUGUUUCCACGGCAACAGCAUGAAGGCAAAGUCGUGGGCCUUAUUCAGUCUGAAAGAUCCCUGUAUAAGCUUUGCCACAGAAGCGCAGCAGUUAGAGACUGAAGAAGUUCCAGAGGAGCUGGAAGUGCAGGCCGUGCAGAGCCUGACGGCGAGCCUGGGCGCGGCGGGUGUGGGGGCGGGUGCGGGGGCGGGCGGCGGGGCGGGGGCGGGCGCGGGCGCGGGGGCGGGCGGGCACCAGUCGGUGGCCACGGUGGUGCGCAUGACGCGCUCGCUGCUGUUCCCGCCGCAGUUCAAGACGCUGCGCGAGUGGUUCCUCUACGCCUUCGCCGAGAGCGAGAUAGACGCAAUAGAACAGUUCCCAUCGCUGGAGAAUGCGGGUGGGAGUGCGGGCGCGGGCAAUACGGGAAGCACGGAGCGCGAGCGUGGCAAAGCAGGCGGCGGUGGCAGCGCCAGUGGCAGCGGUGGCGGUGAGCGCCACGUACGUGAGGUUAUCUUCGCGCUGCCCGCACUGCAGCUGCAUCUGCGCACCAGGCAUCUGCAACGCGCUAAGACUCCCACUGAAAACGAUGAAAAACCCAUAGUAGAAUGCAGCUUUAUCACAGAGUUUGAAGACCACAUCUUCGUAUCGGUAGACGCAGAGGCGUUCUUGUUUCUGCACGACCUCAUCUCAUCCUACAUCAAGGAAAAAGAUCGCAUCAUGCCGGUGGGGGGCCGCGGCGCCAGCAGCAGCAGCGGCGGCGGUAGUGGCGGCGGGGAGGCGGGGGCGCAGGACUACCGCGAGUACCGCUGCGUCACCUGGCACCUCGAGCCCACCGUACGGCUGCUGUCGUGGGCGGGCAAGUCGAUCGAGCCGUACGGCGUGGACUACAUCCUGCAGAAGCUGGGCUUCAGCCACGCGCGCACCACCAUCCCCAAGUGGCUGCAGCGCGGCGCGCUCGACCCGCUCGACGCGCUGCUCGCCGCCGUGCUGCUGCGCCUCGUGCAAGCCGUGCCGCACGCCAAGCGUCCGCCCCACACGCCCCGCCCCUAG